GUUUCACUCAUGUGAUAGACGAGAAAAUUUCUCCCAGUGUAAGGUAAGUUUAAACUGAAGAUGUUGACAGAGAGUGCGCAAAUGAUGGUUCUCACAAUAUUGUUUCUGGUAAUUAUAUUAUUACUCUUGCUGUAUCUAAGCUGUCGCAAACCAAAAGGAUAUCCACCAGGUCCACGUUGGUGGCCCAUCUUAGGCUGUGCGCUAGAAGUGGCGCGCAUACGCCAGGAAACUGGGUAUCUGUUCAAGAGCUGCUCGUUGUUAUGCAAAAAGUAUGGUCCUGUCGUAGGUCUGAAAAUUGGUAGCGACCGUAUGGUUAUUCUUAACAAUCUAGAAAGUAUACGGGCAAUGUUAACAAACGAAGACUGUGAUGGUAGACCGACCGGACCUAUAUAUCAGGCCAGAACUUGGGGCACUAGAAAAGGUCUUAUUGUUGUUGAUGAGCGACUUUGGAUGGAGCAACGACGAUUUGUUUUGCGACAUCUGCGUGAAUUUGGUUUCGGUCGUACCGACAUGGCUUUUAUCAUCCAAGACGAAGUGAUCGAGCUAGUGCAAUAUUUCAAAAAGUUGCUACAGGAUAGCCACAGUUACAAGAUCCAAAAUACAGUGACAGUGAAUAAUAAUAAUAAUAAUAAUAAUAAAGCUGGCAAAAUAUAUAUGUUGCAAAAGGACUCGGAGAACAACUUGAUUUCGAACAAAACGGAGUUGAAUGUAAUCAAGAAUGAAUCGUCCAAUUGGAAAUCUUGGACAGCGGCGGACUUAUAUAUGAAAGCCGAAAACUAUGAGGAGGUCAAGAGAGCAUCUGAAUCAACGGGAAUAAUAAUGCAUAUGGAUGACGCUUUUGGAGUAACUGUACUAAACACACUUUGGAGGAUGAUGGCUAGCAAAAGAUAUGACUACGGCGACAAGGAACUUGUAUAUCUACAGCGAAUUUUAACAAAGCUUCUAAAAGAGAUCGACAUGACCGGCGCGCCUUUCAGUCACUUUCCGUUUCUACGUUUCAUUGCGCCGGAAUUGUCUGGCUUCAAAUCAUUUAUAAAUGUGCACAAAGAAUUGUGGGCAUUCUUAAAAGAGGAAUUGCACAAUCAUAAAAAUACUUUUGUACCAAGUGCGCCGCGGGACCUAAUGGAUGUCUAUUUGACUGCAUUAAAUUCGAAAGAUUGUAGUGACACGUUCUCAGAGUCUCAGCUGUUGGCUGUCUGCAUGGAUCUCUUUAUGGCAGGUUCUGAAACAACUUCUAAAGCACUUAGUUUCGGAUUCCUCUAUCUAAUAAUGUUCCCGGAAGUUCAGAGAAAAGCGCAAGAAGAAAUAGACAAAGUUCUCGGCCGCGAUAGAUUUCCCACAUUGGAUGACAGACCAAAGAUGCCAUAUGUCCAAGCUAUUGUCUUGGAGUCGUUAAGAAUGUUCAUGGGUCGAACUAUGAAUGUUCCUCAUCGAGCGUUGAGAGACACUUCUAUUAUGGGAUACAAAAUACCGAAGGACACGAUGCUCGUUGUGAAUUUCAACAUGGUGCUUAUGGACGAGUCUUGGGGUGAUCCAGAAGAUUUCCGUCCAGAAAGAUUUCUCGAUUGUAGUGGCAAAAUUGUUAUGCCAGACAAAUAUUUCCCGUUUAGCAUUGGUCGUCAUCGUUGCAUGGGAGACACAUUAGCUCGAAGCAACAUCUUUGUCAUAACGGCUGCGCUACUGCAAACGUUCAACUUUUCCGUAGUUCCUGGUGAACCACAACCGUCCGUACAAGACUUCAUGGAUGGUGUCACGGCUAGUCCCAAACCGUACAAAGCGUUAAUUUCACUAAGAAAAUAGAUUAGAUUUAACUAAUUAAAUCGUUUAACUAAAACUAAUUUUCUGAUAUCCAAUAAUAUCUUCGUCUGUUUCCCCGUCUUAUUUUAAUCAAAUUAUUCUUAGAAAGAUUAUUUUUGUUUAUUCUUUUUAUAUAGAUAUAUACUUUUAAGAGUCGUGAGUCUGGUGUCAGACAUACAUCUGGUGACAGACAUACGUAUAUCGUACAGGCCAUAAGAUAACAAAAACGCAUGA